AUGGUGUAUUUUAACUUGCGCGUCUUUGCAACAGUUAGAAGGUGGCAUCUGGACUGCACCUCGAAAAAAUCGAUAACGUCGCAUCGAUGCGGUCGUCGCGCGCUAAGUACCACUGCGCUUAACGCGAACGGAAGUUGUGUCGCCAGAAAAAAAAUAACUCCAUUCACAUGCAUCACACAUCCGCAUGGGUCCGGGCAGGUACAGACCUGCGCACCCACGUACACAUGCAAAUGUGGCCUGGAUGCUGACUCUGUGAAUGCAAACAGUCUGUUUUUUGUCGUCUGGGCUCCAUUCUUUGACACACACUGCGGGCUACUCCGGUACUAUGCAGGUGUGCAUAUGUGUGCGCACGAGGUCCGACGGGCUAGGAUACAUGCAUGCACGUGUGUUUGGGUGUCUCGCCCUCAAGAUCCACCCUACAUGACGCCUGUCUCCUACGUGUAUUGCGCCAUACCCAUUUCCGCAUUAAAUCAUCCUGACGCUACACUCGGAACUCUUGCCCAGGUCAAGCGAGCCAAUCAAAUUCGACCUAACCUCUAA